CAAACGACUUGGAGUCUAUAGCCUUCAAGCUGCGGAAUCAAUCAGAUGCUGAUCUUGACUGAUAAUUUAUCAAUACAUCUUUUUGCCGCGGGCGCGUGGAGCCUGGGAAAUGUGCUCUCCUGGGAAGUGAUAACAUAUCUAGUGCCCAUUUCUAUUAUACACGUACAUUGUAAUGGUCCCGGUUCAACUAAAUUAUCCGAGUCAGACCUUCGCGCUAUUGCCCAUCGAUCAACUACUAUUUGCCGGGCUCGUCCGCUGCUCGACGGGCACAACUGAUCCUCUAAUAUUGUACAGAGGCGCGUAUCUCGAAUGAAGAAACCCAGGUCGGUCGCUG